AUGGAAUCCGGCGCAGGAGACCGACCCCUGCCAUGCUGUUCCGGCUUUCAGAGCACUCUUCACCAGAGAGCCUCAGGAGAAGGACACCACCUCAAGUCGAAGAGAGCCAAUCCCUGUGCCUACACGCCCCCCUCGCUGAAAGCGGUACAACGCAUUGCUGAGUCUCACCUGCAGUCCAUCAGCAAUGUGGGUGAGAACCAGGUCUCGGAGGAGGAGGAUGAGCUGGGGGAGCUGCGGGCCCUGGGCUAUCCAAGAGAAGAUGAGGAGGAAGAAGAGGAGGAGGAAGAGGAGGAUGAAGAAGAGGACAGCCAGGCUGAAGUCCUGAAGAGCAGCAGGGGAUCUGCUGGACAGAAAGCAACCUGUGGCCUGGGUCUAGAGGGACCCUGGGAGCGCCCACCCCCUCUGGAUGAGCCCCAGAGAGAUGGAAGCUCUGAGGAUCAAGUGGAAAACCCAGCACAAAGUGGUGAGGCCUGGAGUGUGGGAUGGGGGAGGUAGGGCUGGGAUCCUGGUGGGCGGGGCCAGCUUCUGAGUCCCUCCCUGCUUGCCUUGCAGAGACGGGGGAGGAGCCACAGCACCCUGCCCCCCCUGAGCCUGGCACAUAGGCACUAAGUCCUGCAUCUCCCAGGAGGGAGGAAGUGGAGGGGGCAUCGCUGUUCUCUAUAAUCCCUAUUUUGUGCCCUUCCCCUCACCUGCUAGGGCUGCGGCUUCUGACUUCUAGGAGACUAAGGCUGGUCUGUGUUUGCUUGUUUGCCCACCUUUGGCUGAUGCCCAGAUUCCUGGGCACUUGCUGCCUGAUGCCUACCCCUGCCAGUCAUUCUCCCAUUCACCCAAUGAGAGGUGGGAUGUAAGAGAACUCACAUCGGAAAAUCCAGGAACCUGGGGACAAAGGUCUACCCUUCAUAAUUCUACUUCCAAGGCCCCCUCCCCUGGGCACAGAAGACCACAGGGCAGGACCCUAAGAUCUGGGGGAAGGGGGUACUGAGAACCUGUAGGUGCCCUUAGAUUCUUCUCCACCUCCUCUCAUAUGGGGGAUUCCAAGUCACCACCUCUCUCACCGGCUUCUACCAGGGCCCAGGACUCAGGCACCCUUCUCCACAGCCUAGACAUUUUGGGAAUUUUCCUUUUAUCACCCCUACUCCCCGGCCUGGGUGCCUGGAAGAUGGACUGGCGGAGGCUGCUUUGUUGCGUUUUGUUUAUGCUUUGAUGCCGGCAAUGCCGCCUAGUAUGCAUCCUUGUGGGGGCACCCGGUGGGUGGAGCCAGGUUCUUCUGCACCAGCUGCUCUGCCCCCUUCCCCUUCUUCCCUGACUCCAGGUUUGAACCCCUCCCAUGCUGUAAUAAAUCUUUGUAAAUAACUGUACUGAGACUCCUCUUUCAGGGGAAAGGAGCAGGGAGGGGAAGAUAUGAGGGGGGUUACUGAUGUCGAAGACCUGUUGGUGGUCAUGCAAUGGGUCAGGGCAGCGACCCUAGUGUCCAGUCGUCUAGUCUAGGAGUUUCUCCUGCAGACAACAGGCUCAGGCACUCUUGGGAAGGGCCACGGAAAUUCUAGAUCCUGCUAGGAAUAGCGGAAAGAGGCAGAGAGGAAAAGAGAAAGCCCUUCAAGAGUUAUUGCGUCUUCCUCCAAGAGACCUGUCCUCCAGUCUCCUCCCCACAGGCCUUCUCUAAAGAAGUUCCCCUUUCCCCACAGUGCCAGGACUGUGUGGCCCAAUAACGACGAUGUCUCUGGGUUUCUCUCCAUUCUUCCCACCCCCAGGAAGAUCCUCUUAAAGUCUUAGCUUUAGCUGUAAUCCCACCUUCCCGCCGGUCUUCGUAAGACCCGAGGGCUUGGGGGCGGAGCCUGAGCCGAAGGGGCGGGACUGAUGGCCUACGCAGCCCUCGGGGGCGGGCUCA